AUUUUUAAAUUUUUUGACUACAGAUUACAAGUCGAAUUUCUAGAUCUAGAUCUAUAACUAUAGAUUUAAUAGAUCUAUAGAUUAGAUUAUUAGAUCUAUACCUAUUUAAAAUCUAGAUAUAUUUAUAAAUGAAUCACGAACUUCUCUUAGCCCUGAAAGGUCACUAUGGAGGAAUAUUUAAACAUACAGAUGAAGGUAUCAGGGUUGUUCCAGGUUUGCCUUUUAUUUCUGCCUCUGAAGAGCUGGUACUGAAUCAGCUAUGUAAAUUAGGAACUUAUUAUAAAGAUUUUAUGGAUUUCAUUCAACGUUAUGGUUCUGGUUUGUUGGCUAGACAGCAGUCAGACAAAGACAACUUGCAUGGAUUGUACCUGAAGUAUCUUUGCCAAGGUUUAGAUAACGUUCUUCAGGACUAUAGAGACGCUUUGCUAGACAUUGAGGAAAAAGUAUUACAAGAUGCAUAUUUACCAGUGUCAUACAUAUCCAGCAGACUCCAGGAGUUUAACCUUUUGUUUCCUGCGUUGGCAUUGACCGUGGACCAGAUAGUUUCUCACCAGGCUCACGGUUGUUAUAUACUGGAUAUUUUAUACAAGAACUCUUUGAUGGGCAUGCCAACUGUGAAAAGUGCUUUGAACAGAAUUCUGCAUGUGUGCCAUGGGCUGUUCUUCCAACAGUUGACGGUAUGGAUGCUGCAUGGCAUGACUUCCGAUCCUCACUCUGAGUUCUUCAUUCAGAAAAGAAUUGGUGCUAAAGAUGCAUCAGUUCCAUCAGAUGCACAAAAUGAAACAGAAGAAAAUCUUGGAAUUAUGGGAUUGACAGGAAGCCAGCUUCAAAAAAUUCACAUAGAUUCAGAAUCUAAAGAGAUUGAUGAGCCUUCUUCUGAUACUGGAAGAUUCUGUAUAUCGGCUGAUCUGCUGCCUUCAUACAUACCAUUAAGAGUUGCUAACAAAAUUUUAUUUGUUGGAGAAAGUGUGCAGAUGUUUGAGAGAGACAAAAAUAAAAUGAAGUCGUCAUAUCAAGCAGGUACAAUAAUGAGCAGCAGGGAAGAUGAAUUUGCUUCAGAUUUAAAAGAACUGACAAAACUUCCAGAGUUCAAUAGUAUUAAUUUUGAAACCAUCAUUGACAAAAUAAGAACCCAUGCAGCAGAGUAUCUCUGGGUUCUUGUGGUGGAGAAGGCGGAGUUGAUCAAUCAGCUGAGAAUUAUGAAAGAUUUCUUUCUUCUUGGUAGGGGAGAACUUUAUUUGGCAUUCAUUGACCAGGCUCAGCACCUUCUGAGAACACCUGUUUCUUUGACCACAGAACUUGAUGUCAAUCGUGCUUUUCAGCAUGCAGCAAGAAAUGUUUUGAUUGAUAAUGAUGCCCUUCUCCAGAGAUUCCACUUGACAGUCCCAAAUGCAUCAAAAGAUAAAAAGAAACCGGAAAGUAAUUUACCACAAAAUGAAGUCUCAACAGGAUGGAGUGUACUUGGUCUUGCUUACAGUGUACAGUGGCCACUUCAUAUUUUUUUUACUCCUGCUAUUUUAGAAAAAUACAACAGAAUAUUUCGUUUUUUGUUAGCAAUAUGUCGCACACAACAAGAUCUUCAGUUCUGCUGGAGUUUGCAAAUGAACAAUAAAGCAGCAUUUGUAUCUCCUGCAGCAAGUGCAACUUGGCAACUCAGAACACACAUGGCCUUUUUGAUAGAUAAUCUUCAAUAUUAUUUGCAGGUUGAUGUUAUAGAAUCUCAAUACAAAAUUUUAUUAGAUAAAAUUAAUUCCACCAAAGACUUUGAAGCAGCUAAACUAGCACAUGAAACUUUUUUAUCAUCUUUACUGGCUCAGAGUUUUGUACACAUGAAAACUGUAUUUGCUUGUCUCUUGGAAAUAUUGGACCAGUGUUCUCAAUUUUGUCGCCUUUUGAUUGCAUCAGAUAACCAAAUGUCUAAUAAAGACAUGCAACAAUUGCAGUCAAUUAAGUUGAAUUUUCAGCGAAAUUCCAGUUUACUCUUCAAGAUUUUAUCAGGUGUUCGCAGCCAGAGUGCCAGACCCCAUCUAUCCCAGUUACUGUUACGUUUGGAUUUUAAUAAAUAUUAUACCAACACUGGAGGGCAACUUGGCAGCUCUUGAUUCUCUUGAUAAAAGCAAAACAGACACAGAAAAAGAAAAUUUGACAUUGUAUAUCUUGUAUAUUUUUUGUUUUUAUAUUCAAGUACAUUUAUAGGUGUAUUGCAAAUGUUACAUAAAGCUGUAAAGAAUUUAUUCAUUCUUUAUUAUUAUUUGUUUAUAUGUGAAGUAUAUAAAACAACAUAAACUUUA